AUGUCUCUGGUGCCACGAAAACCGCCACGGGGCUUACCAGUAAAUGCCUCCGACGAAAGUGCUGAUGGCGAUGUGGAAAAUUGUCGAGCAAGUGGAGCCACCCCAACGAAAGCACAAUACAACGCCACCGACACGUUCGAGAGAAUUCGCCGUGGCUUCCGCGAGCUCGUCAUCGAAAAGAAAAAGGCGCGUUUUUCGGGCUCGGAAGCGAUCAGAUAUCUACUGGAACAUUUGGAGGCGACAAAAGAAGAUUAUCCAGGGCGUGUCCUCGGCUUUGACAACGCUUUUAAAUUACUCCAACGGCUCUUUUGGUGCCGAGUUUUGCGAGCGGUCGAUGGAUCUACUCAAUUCCAAGACGGGGAUAAGAAGAUUUACGAAUUGGCACCGGAUGGGGAUUUUUGGAUUGGCGGGCUGCUACAAGCCCAAACGGCGAACCCACCGCAAGCACAACCCCAGCUGGAAGAUGCCACCAUGCACCCCUCAUUCACCACCCCCAGCAAACGAAAUCGCUCUGCAUCACCGCCGCGCACAAAACGAGCCAACUCAAUCAAGCGUCUUCUCCAAGUUUUCGGGCGUUCACGAACCGUCAACGAUGAUGUCGGCAGUACGAGCUCCAUGCAUAAUCUAACGAUAACCUCGGACAAUCGUGUUACUACUGCUGAUGCCCAAGUUUACAAGGCGUCUCUUCAGCGCCUGCUGCUCAUCAUCGAUUUGCAGGAUCUGGACGGCAUUGCGAAUCCGAAUGAAACUGAACACGAUGAUGACCACUCCGACCAGGUGGGAUUUUUGACGUCGAUACUCUCACGCAUGGGGCUUUCUUCUGCUCGGGCAAUUCGAGAACAUCGCAGCCUAUUUGCUUCCGAAGAGACCGAUGAUUGUAUCAGUAGCAACCUCAUCUCCAGCCGAUACCUGGUCGGGUUCUUCAACUCGGCGCGACUGAUCGUCCCCAGCAUACAUUUGACACGCGAGUUACGCAAUAAUCCAAUGGAAGAGUGCUCGCAAUGGGCCAGACAAUGCCUGACCGCGAUCCGAAAAUAUUUGGCGAAUUUGACGCACGAAGGCCGAGCGCCGUUGAUUCCCGUCGAAUUUACCGAGACUUGCCGCGCCAUUGUAGAACAGAUUCUGAUGGACGAUCGUCGAUGGAAACACGAAAAGGCGGCACUACAGUGUUUGUUCUACAUGAUCCCCCCGGCAAUGAGGAAGCAAAUGAAGGCCGUCAUCCAGUGGCUCGCCUCGGCCCGUAAUACCCGAGUUCAUUGUGUGAUUGGUGCCGUCAACGAUCAGUUUGAGCGGACAUCUGGGAAUGUGACCUUCUGCGAUAACGCCGAGUGUGUGAUGCGCGAGCUGGCCGUCUACCUGGCGCCUGUCCAACUCGGCGAGCGAUACCAGCAUAUGAUCAUAAAGGCGUUUGUGGCCUUGUUCAAUGAAAGGGGCAUGGAAGAAAUGCCGAAGGACAUUGCUGAGAUCGUUCGCCGCGAAGAAACAGCGGGGCUUGAAGACACCUCGACCGUCCGAUUCGCCGCAAAGCCUUCAGAGAGCGUCGAGGACUCAACGGAACGAGCGCUCGUCUCGAUGAUGCACGAUCUGCUGGGGAGCAGCGCGUUGACGGCUGCCGAGAAGCAUAAGCGACUCCGCGACUUUGCCACCAACCACCCGGACUAUCACAGCAGACAUUUCGCCGACCACCCAUCCAACAUCCCGCCCGAGAAGCGCCCCCGUUCACGCAGCGUCACCCGCCGAACCUUCCGC